UUUAGACAAACAUUUAAAGGCGUACCACCCCUCUUGAGGAGCCACACGGUACUCAUCUGAAUCAAACAGAAGUCAUGGCUGCUCCACCUGUUGUCAUUUGGGAGGAUGAGGUGGCGGAGCUGCUGCUUUACAGAGAGCUGAUCCCGCGGCUGGAGGAGGCUUUGGGGAAGUUCUCCAGGCGGGACAGCGCGGAGGUGAUCCAGCCUGUGCGCACCAUUAUUCCCCUGCAGAAACAUAACGGCUUCCUGGGUUUGAUGCCUACAUACAUGGAGAACGAUGGUGUCCUGAGCACAAAGUUCGUGUGCUUCUAUAAGAGGGGGGACGAUUCAAAUUUACCUUCCACACAAGCAACAGUGGUGCUGCUGGAUCCUGAGUAUGGGAAUGUAAAGGCUGUCAUGAAUGGAGAGGUCAUCACGAGAAUGAGGACAGCUGCAGCUUCAGCCAUCUCUGCUAAAUUGUUGAUGCGUCCUGAAGCGGAGGUUCUGGCCAUAUUGGGGACCGGCAAUCAAGCUCUGAGUCAUUACAGUGUCUUCACAGAAAUAUUUUCCUUUAAAGAGGUGCGUGUGUGGAGCCACACGAGGGAAGGGACAGAGAGGUUUUGCAAAUGUGUCAGUGGUCCAGUGAGGGCAUGUGUCUCAGUGGAGGAGGCGGUGAGGGGAGCAGACGCCAUAGUUACAGUCACAAGAUGUACAGAGCCGGUGCUGUUUGGUCAGUGGGUCAAACCAGGAGCUCAUGUAGCAGCGGUGGGAGCCUGCAGGCCAGACUGGCGGGAGCUGGAUGACGUGCUGAUGAAGGAGGCCGUGGUGUACGUCGACAGCAGGGAGGGAGCGAUGGCCGAGUCUGGUGACAUCAUCCUCUCUGGGGCUGAAGUGUUGGCGGAGAUCGGAGAGGUUAUAAAUGGGACAAAACCUGCGUACAGAGAGAAGACCACCGUGUUCAAAUCCCUCGGAAUGGGAGUUGAGGAUGCGGUGUCUGCUAAGCUGGUGUUUGACCAAUGGAAUGCAAAAGCCAGCAAACGAUGAAUUGUGUUGGUAUUUCAGCUUGGACCAUCGAGAGUACAAAACACUGCACACUUUGAUCAAGCACACAAAAGAUUAGGGGAAAAAAAAAUCAAGAUUAAGGCAAAAUAUGAAAAGACGGGAUCAAGCCCAAAUUUAUGAUUCAGUUUAUUUCUCCUGGAGAAAGAAUGCUUCUGCUUUAAGACCUGAUGAUUCAGCUGACAAUAUUACCAUAUUCUCACUUUCUGUUUUUGUGUAAACAUUAACAAUAAGGAAAAGUUUGUCAGUUCCCAUGCUACUUAACUGAUGCUUACCACGGUGGUCAUUUUACGAUUUAUCUGGACACAUGAAUGCUAGCAUGCUAGCAGGUGAUGGGGUCAGUCCAUAGGGUCAGCCCUAUGUUCCCACAUUUCUAGGACAUUUUCAAAAUUAUGUCUUAUCAUAUUUAAGCACUGUCAAUUACCUAUGUACAUUUAUGUCUAUGGGCGCACCAGAUUUAGCUAAAAGCUACAUUCCAUCUGUAGUCCAUUGCUACUGGAUAAUAGGUUGGGUGUAAUUGGCUACACAAUUGGGAGAAAGGAGGAAAUGUGGGAACAUAGGCACGCUCCCCAGGUGAUCAUCUGUCACAGUACGGGGAAAUCACUUAAUGGUUACACUGGUUAUCUCUAGUUGGUGUGUUGGCUUGAAAGCUUUGCACUGACACUUAAAUUAGCAUGCUGAAGUCUAAUUUUUUUUUUUUUUAACUAGCUGAUCUUAUGAUGUGUUAGCAUGCUCAGAAUUACAAUCAUGCACCAAACACAAAGUACUAGCAUGUUUGGUGUCUGAGUCACAUAUGGACCUACUUACAGCUGAGGAAGUGAUCAACAGACAUCACCUUUCAAGCGUCCUAGUGUGGCUAAUAAUGUAAACUCUUACUAGAUUUGUCUUCUUACGCGAGAUGAUGUUAUUGUUUUCUCUUCAUUCAUUAGGAUAAACUUAUCAGCUCUUUUCAGACAUGCCGUUGGGAAAUGGACACAUCACCGUUUGGACAGUAGAGAUAAAAUACAACAAAGCAUUUGAUAUGAGUUUAUUUGCUUUUCUUAUCAAAAUCGGCAUUUUACAAAAUGAAAGCUCGAAAUUAAACCCAAGUGUGCAUUUUGUACUUUUCAAUAGAAAAGU